UUUUAUAUUUUCGCUUUUUAAAUUUAUUAUUUGGUGGUGGAUGUGAUAUACUGUGGGGAAAAUGAGGAAACAUCUCAAGCCCCCCCGUAUCAAAAUUUUCUUUAGCGAUACACACAUGUCCUCAGAUCAGGACCAGACGGUUUCCACCAAUCCGCUACCUACUAUACCGACUCACCUGGAACUUCCUCAUUACCGUAAAGUGAGCAUUAUCGAGGGUGGUCAUGACAAUCCAGGGUUCGAAUCCCCGAGAAGUCGAAAAGUCUCGUCCACGUCCGAACAUGCGGAAAUGGGGCCGGUUAGAAAAAAAAGUAUACUGCACAAUUUCCACAAUUCCGAGAAUAACAGCCUUUCAGGACACAGUGACAGCGGCAAACACGCAAAUGGGGACGCCAGGAUCAAAAAACACUCGGUCAGCGAUUCCUUACACUCGAAAACAAGAUUUUCUGACAUCGAUGAUGAUGACGAUGACUGGUCCUGGUGGUACUCCUUCUGCGUGAAAUGCAGGGCCAAAGAAUCGCACCCGUCGUGGGCGCCCCCAUUAUGGGGCAAAGCGUGCCCAUACCCGUUUUGCCCCACCUACAGACAAUUCUCGAGGAUCAUAGCCCUAGCCCUUAUAGGAAUUUUCGCGUGGUGUAUUUUGUAUGCAAUCGUCGGUGAACCCGCGGCCGCUCCGAACGGAAAGCUGUUUCAAAUCAUCUUGUUGAGUUUGCUCUCCUAUUUUGGCGGAUGGAUUGUUAGUUUAACAACCUUGCCGGCUUUAAUAGGGAUGUUGUUCACCGGACUUUUGCUGCAGAAUGUUAAUAUUGUGAAUAUUGAUGAAUCGUUUACUGAGAUCACGAAGGAAUUGAGAACAACUGCCUUGGUGAUCCUCCUCAUCCGAGCUGGUCUCGACUUGGACCCUAUAGCAAUGAAGCGCUUAAAAUUUACUGUAAUUAAGCUUGGCCUUGCACCGUGGAUAGCUGAAGCUGCUAUGAUAACUGUAUCGUCACAUUACCUCAUCGAUUUACCUUGGCAGUAUGCAUUUGCUCUUGGAAGCAUUAUAGCAGCUGUAUCGCCUGCAGUAUUGGUCUCAUGCUUGGUGAGGUUAAGAGCUAAAGGUUAUGGUGUCGCCAAAGGGUUACCUACGUUAAUUAUGGCAGUUGCUAGUAUAGAUGAUGCUACAUCGGUUGCUAUAUUCGGUAUAGUUAAGACUGUUAUUUUUUCCACCAGCUCUAUAGCGAGUUUGGUAUUGCAAGGACCUGUAUCAAUUGUUGGAGGUGUUGGUUUGGGGCUUUGUUGGGGUUUACUGUGUAAAUAUAUGCCUGAGAAGCACGAUCCAUUUGUAAUACCUCUAAGAGUACUAUUACUACUAAUGGGUGGUAUGGUUUCUAUAUUUGGCAGCGAACUUUUGGGUUAUGGAGGGGCCGGCCCACUUUGCUGCGUAACCGCAGCCUUUAUUUCAAUUUACUGCUGGUCUACUUUGGGCUGGGAAACCGAAGAUAAUCCCGCUACAACAGCCUUUGAAAUAUUCUGGAUGAUCAUGGAACCUAUCCUCUUUGGAAUAACAGGUUCUCAAGUCAAGUUGAACGAGCUAGACGGGAAUGUUGUUUUAAUAGGUCUGGGGGUUCUAUUUUUGGGUUUGUUUGUACGAAUCGUGGUUACAAUUCUUGCUGGAAUAGGUUGUAACUUAAACCUGAAAGAGAAGAUAUUCGUCGCCAUUGCUUGGGCCUGUAAAGCAACUGUCCAGGCUGCCUUGGGCCCAAUCUGUCUAGGAAUGGUGGAACACGGUACAGACGAGCACGCCUACUCGGAGAAAAUCCUUAUGAUUUGCGUUCUUUCCAUUAUGGUUACUGCGCCAACGGGGGCCAUGUUGGUGACAAUUCUCGGACCGCGAUUGCUCAACAAAGCUAAAUUCCCUGUGGUGCAAGAAGGGUGGAGGCGAAGUCAUAGACCAUCGAUUAGGGAUAUAAGUAUUAUAGAUGAAGAAGAGGAGAAGGAGAGCAAAAGCAGCGCUGAAGAUUUAAAAGACAAUAAGAUUGAAGUGUAAGUGUGAACGAUGUCUUCUUUGUAUGUACUUAGACUAAAUAAGAUUAUUAGGUUCAAGCCUAAUGUAUAUUUGUACGUAUCGUACUACAAUUUUAAUUAAAACCCGUAUAUGUAUGGCUCAAAGGUAUGUAGAUAUAAAAUACUCUGUGUACAUUCCUUAUUAUUAAUAUGUAUAAAUGUAAAUAAAUAAUUUUAAUGAU